AUGGCCAAGACCCCGUCCAAGCAAUCCGCCAAGGCGCCCAAGAAGGCGGCUACCGGCACCAAAUCGAAGAAGCGUACGGAGACGUACAGUUCUUACAUUUACAAGGUCCUCAAGCAGGUCCACCCGGAUACCGGUAUUUCCAAGAAGGGUAUGUCUAUCAUGAACUCCUUCAUUAACGAUAUCUUUGAACGUAUUGCUACCGAAGCCGGUAAGCUGGCUACUUACAACAAGAAGGCGACGCUCAGUAGUCGUGAAAUCCAGACCGCUGUUCGUCUCAUGCUUCCCGGUGAACUCGCCAAGCAUGCCGUCUCGGAAGGAACCAAGGCUGUUACCAAGUUCUCCAGUUCGUAA